UGCGGCUGCGCGGCGGCCAGGGUGCCGUCGGGCUGGGCGGUGGUCGGGCGGACGAGAACCCGGUUUGAUUCUGGUGGAAGCAACGUGAGCCGGGCCGCGGCUACCAUGUCGGCGCCGUCUGAGGAGGAGGAAUACGCGCGGCUGGUGAUGGAGGCGCAGCCUGAGUGGCUGCGCGCCGAGGUGAAGCGGUUGUCGCACGAACUGGCGGAGACCACACGCGAAAAGAUCCAGGCGGCCGAAUACGGGCUGGCGGUACUCGAGGAGAAACAUCAGCUCAAGCUGCAAUUCGAGGAGCUGGAGGUGGACUACGAGGCCAUCCGCAGCGAAAUGGAGCAGCUAAAGGAGGCAUUUGGACAGGUGCAUACGAACCACAGGAAGGUGGCUGCGGAUGGUGAGAGCCGGGAAGAGAGUCUGAUCCAGGAGUCGGCCUCCAAGGAGCAGUAUUACAUGCGCAAGGUGCUGGAGCUGCAGACGGAGAUGAAGCAGUUGCGCAACGUGCUUACCAAUGCACAGUCGGAGAGCGAGCGUCUAGCCUCUGUGGCUCAGGAGCUGAAGGAGAUCAAUCAGAACGUGGAGCUCCAGCGGGGCCGCCUUCGGGAUGACAUCAAGGAAUACAAGUUCCGGGAGGCCCGCCUGUUGCAGGACUACUCAGAGCUGGAGGAGGAGAACAUCAGCCUGCAGAAGCAGGUGUCUGUGCUCAGGCAGAACCAGGUAGAGUUUGAGGGCCUCAAGCAUGAGAUCAAGCGUCUGGAGGAGGAGACCGAGUACCUCAACAGCCAGCUGGAGGAUGCCAUCCGGCUCAAGGAGAUCUCAGAGCGGCAGCUAGAGGAGGCACUGGAGACAUUGAAGACGGAACGGGAACAGAAAAACAGCCUGCGCAAGGAGCUGUCGCACUAUAUGAACAUAAAUGACUCCCUUUAUACCAGCCACCUGCAUGUUUCCCUGGAAGGCCUCAAGCUCAAUGAUGAUGCUGAGACCCUGGCCAAUGGCUUUGAGCACAGCUGCCUGGCCAAGCUGCCACUGGACAACAAGACCUCUACACCCACCAAAGAUGGCCUGGCCCCACCUUGCCCCAGCCUCGUGUCUGACCUCCUCAGUGAGCUCAAUCUCUCUGAGAUCCAGAAGCUAAAGCAGCAGCUAAUGCAGGUGGAGAGGGAGAAGGCAGGCCUGUUAGCAACACUGCAGGAUGCACAGAAGCAGCUGGAGCAGGCUCGGGGGACCCUCUCAGAGCAGCGUGAGGAGGUGAAACGCCUCACAGAGAGCCUGAGUGCUCUGCAGUGCCUGCAGGCUGGCAAGGAGCGGCGCACAGCCUUGGACAGUGAGAAGGAGCACGACAGCCAUGAGGAUGGUGACUACUAUGAGGUGGACAUCAAUGGGCCUGAGAUUCUGGCCUGCAAGUACCGAGUAGCUCUGGCAGAGGCUGGUGAGCUCCAGGAGCAGCUGAAGGCCCUACGCAGUGCACAUGAAGCCAGUGAGGCUUGGCAUGCUGAGGAGAAGGGCCGACAUGAGGCAGAGAGCCAGGAGCUUAUUGAGAAGGUUUCCCUGCUGGAGAAGGCCAGCUGCCAGGACCGUGAGCUGCUGGCCCGGCUGCAGACAGAGCUGAAGAAGGUCAGUGAUGUCGCAGGUGAGACGCAGGGCAGCCUGAAUGUGGCCCAGGAUGAGCUGGUGACCUUUAGCGAGGAGCUAGCCAGCCUGUACCACCACGUGUGCAUGUGCAACAAUGAGACACCCACUCGUGUUGUGCUGGACUACUACCGUGAAGGUCCAGCCGGUGCUAGCCACUGCAGUCCUGAAGCACGUGGACACCGCUCACCUGUCCUACCCAAGGUGCCACUGGAUGCACAGAGUGGGGCUGGGGACAGCAGCCCCUUGCUGCCCUCACCCCUGAGUGACCCGCGUCGGGAGCCCAUGAACAUCUACAACCUGAUUGCCAUCAUCCGUGACCAGAUCAGGCACCUGCAGGCAGCUGUGGAUCGCACCACGGAGCUGUCACGGCAGCGCCUGGCCUCACAGGAGCUGGGCCCCGCCACAGACAAGGACCGGGAGGCACUCAUGGAGGAGAUCCUCAAGCUCAAGUCUCUGCUCAGCACCAAGCGGGAGCAGAUCACCACACUGCGUACGGUGCUCAAGGCCAACAAGCAGACAGCUGAGGUGGCCCUUGCCAACCUGAAGAGCAAGUACGAGAACGAGAAAGCUAUGGUCACUGAGACUAUGAUGAAACUGCGCAAUGAGCUCAAGGCCCUCAAGGAGGACGCAGCUACCUUUUCCUCGCUGCGCGCCAUGUUUGCCACCAGGUGUGACGAGUACAUCACACAGUUGGAUGAGAUGCAGCGGCAGCUGGCAGCCGCCGAGGAUGAGAAGAAGACACUCAACUCCCUGCUGCGCAUGGCCAUCCAGCAGAAGCUAGCACUGACCCAGCGGUUGGAGCUGCUUGAGCUGGACCAUGAGCAGACCCGGAGGGGCCGUGCCAAGGCUACCCCCAAAGUCAAGCCCAGCACCCCUAGUCGUUGUGUGGUACUGCGUUUUCUGAAGUUUCCUCCCAACAGGAAGAAGACCUCAGAAGAAAUAUUUCAGCAUCUACAGAACAUAGUAGACUUUGGCAAAAAUGUCAUGAAGGAGUUUUUGGGAGAGAACUACGUUCAUUGUGGGGAAGUGGUUCAGCUGCCUUUAGAUUUUGUGAAACAGCUUUGUUUAAAGAUACAGUCUGAAAGACCAGAAUCUCGCUGUGACAAGGACCUGGACACUCUCAGUGGUUAUGCUCUGUGCCUUCCCAAUUUAGCCAGACUUCAGACCUACCAUUUUGCUGAUCAUCGACCGAUCCUGUGUGUAGAGAUCAAGCCAAAAUGUGGGUUUAUUCCUUUAUCCAGUAAUGUUACGCAUGAGAUGAAACAUAAGGUGUGCCGUUACUGCAUGCACCAGCACCUCAAGGUGGCAACUGGGAAAUGGAAGCAGAUAAGUAAAUAUUGUCCCCUUGAUCUCUACUCAGGGAAUAAACAGAGAAUGUACUUUGCCUUGAAAAGCUUGUUGCAGGAGGCACAGAACAACUUAAAGAUAUUUAAGAACGGGGAGCUGAUUUACGGCUGCAAGGAUGCCCGCAGCCCCACGGCUGACUGGAGUGAGUUGGCACAUCACCUGAAACCUUUCUUCUUCCCAUCCAACGGCCUGGCCAGUGGGCCCCACUGCACGAGGGUUGUGAUCCGGGAGCUGGUGCGUGUCAUCACACGAGUGCUGCUUAGCGGCUCAGACAAGGGCUGGGCAAGUGCCCUGAGACUGGGGCCAGGGUCGCAGGGCCCAUGUGUCUGUGAAGCCAGCCCUUUCAGCAGGAGCCUGCCUCACCAAGGAAAAAGCAGCCUGGAGCGCUCGGGGUUACCGAAGGGCUGUCUUCUGUAUAAAACCCUUCAGGUGCAGAUGUUGGACAUGCUGGACAUUGAAGGUCUCUACCCUCUGUAUCGACGGGUUGAGAGGUACCUGGAGGAGUUUCCUGAGCAGAGAAAAACAUUGCAAAUAGACGGGCCUUAUGAUGAAGCAUUUUACCAGAAGCUACUCGAUCUUUCCACUGAGGAUGAUGGGACAUUGGCUUUUGCACUGACAAAGGUUCAGCAGUACCGGGUUGCCAUGACAGCAAAGGAUUGCUCCAUCAUGAUCUCACUCUCCCCUUGUCUUCAGGAUGAAAGCUCUGAUCAAAGGCCCAUCGUCCCUUCAUCAAGAUCCAGGUUUGCCUUCUCUGUGUCUGUACUGGACCUUGACCUUAAACCCUACGAGAGCAUCCCUCAUCAGUACAUACUGGAUGGCAAGAUAGUCAACUACUACUCAAAGACUGUACAUGCCAAAGACACCACCAUGAUGUCGCCUAGGUUUAAGGAAAGUGAAGAUUGUACAUUAGUUCUCCAUAAAGUCUAACUUUUUUCCUGUGGUCAUUGAAACUUGAACAUAAAAUGUGAAGGUUGAACAAUAGAUCUCUUUUCUUAUGUUGGGUGACUUUGGCUGUAAAUGGUUUUGUUUUCUAGCCGUUGUUCAGGUGGGACUGCUUCUGCCAGACACAGAAUGGAAGAAACAUCCUCCUGGACAGGGAAUGUCAAAUGUGAGACCGGUGGCAUUCUCUGUCCCAGACACCCCUCUGGACAGUUUGUCUUUUCCAGUGAAAGGUCAUGUGUAAUCUCCAAUGAAAAAAGCCUUAAGACCUGAGGUUUGGAUCUUCUACAAGACUCCUAACAGAAAACUUGAAUUGUGAUAUAUAUCUUACAAUUUGGACUUUUAAGAAACUCUUAAGAAAACAGGGAUACUACUGGAACUUUCCCAACUGAGUUUCUUGGGCACUUUUUAAUGCAAGCCACACAUCAUCACAGGUUUAGUGGUUCCCUGCUGCAGAGUGAUGUCUUCUUGGUGCAGAUGUCAGUUCUAAGCAGUGUGGACUCAGGGUUCCUGUGGAGGUGCCACCUCCAUUGUUCUGUGCAGGAUCAGCAAGGACUGUGGGACUCAGGUCAGGGGCAACACCACUCAUGCAAGUACUGACUUUCAUGAUUUCUUUCCUGAAUGACUUUGUCCUUAACUUUAGGGGAGACAAGGCAUUCUUUCUCACCUGAAGUUGCUGCUGUGGAAGCUGGAAGCAGAGCUGCAACACUGAGCUGCUAAACCUGGGGCAGCUCUGUUCCUCCCAGCUCUGUGUUCAUGGCAUUUUGCGGGGUUUGGGGAACCUCAACCAAUGCUGCCAGAGCCAGUCUUGAGUUCUCCUCCUCCCUGUACCUGUUUUUUCCUUGGGUUUCAUAGAGACAUGUGCUGUUUGCAGCCUCGAGUGGUGUGCUGGGCCACUUCUGGUCAGGUCUGCCCAAGGCCCUGCUUAUACAAGAUAGGCAUCUCCUGGCUGGCACCAAGAGGGUUUGUGAUGAUUCACCAAAAGUGUGCCUCGCUGCUAUGAAAAUUGUUGGGAAUCUUGGGCUUCAGUUUUUUAUUCUAUGGUGGGUUGUACAGAUUUAUUAUUUAUAUCAGUUUGAGGGAUUAAUGAAGGUUUAUUGUAAUAUAAUAGUGAAACCAUGGAAUUAUAUGAAAAUAAGAAUAUUUUGCUGAUUGUAAAUUUUUGUGGGGGACAUUUUCUGAUCACUUGAGAAUUACACUUGUUUGAAUUAA